CAAUAAAGAAAUCGAAUGUAUUUUCAUCGAAAUGGUGAGACAACGUCCUUUAUUAUGGGAUGUAUGCCUACCAGAAUAUCGUCGAACUGAUUUAAAACGAAUGCAUUGGGACCAAAUAGCGGAAGCCCUAGGUCCUAGAUUCACAGGAGAUAUGGUUCACAAACGAUUCCAAAGUAUGGAAAGCACUUUCCGUGCAAACGAACGAAAGAUAAAGGCUACAAAGACUCGUUGCAGUGGGAAAGGAACUGACGAAAUUUAUAGACCAAAGUGGGAAUAUUACAAAUCACUAUUAUUUUUAAAGAAAACUUGUGCACAGUCCGACACUAUUGAUAACCUUUCUUUUCAAAACGAAGUUUCUAUGCUUAGUAAAGAAACAAAUUGUUCACCUAUUUCUUCACCUAAUGAUGUAGAAAAUUCAUCAGACCAUACAAACAUUCAUUAUGAUGAAAACACACAACAAUUCGUAUUAAUUCCAUUUGAUUCACCGCAUUCAAACAAGGAAGCGUCUGAACAUUCCGAAUUACAUGUCUCAUCCAGUCUCCAGUCCAAACGAAUCAUUUGUAUCUUGCAACGUUCGACAACCCUUAUCAACAAUAAGCAAUAAAUCAAGCUUCUCAUCUGGAAGAUCUACUCCUCUACCUAGACUUGCAUCUACUUCAUUAAAUAUUAAAAAGCGUUCUGCUGAGGACCCAAUGUAUGUAAAACGGGGCAAUUCAAAAAAGGAUAACUUUAUGGAAGAGGCACUAGAUACUGUGAAAAGUAUAGCUCAACAACACUCAUCUCCUCCAAAAAUGGAUAGAUUUGAUAUGUUUAGUGCAUAUGUUGCAUCUAGACUGCGGUCAAUGACUCCUGAAGAUC